UUUCUUUCUCUCUCAUACCUACUCCUUCAAUCAUAUAUGCCUUCUCUCUCUCUCUCUUCUCUCUCUCCAACCCUAGAAUUUCUUGAAAUUUUCUGCCUUUCUUAGGGAAUUGUCCCGAUUCAUCGUUUGGGUGUUGUCCUGGGAAUCUGCCCUUUUUCCAGUGAUUUGCGUUAGCACCACGGCAACCAUGGUUUCGGAGGCGACCACGUCAUCCGGCGACAAUUCCAACGGGGCAGCGGAGGCAUCGCUAUCGGCAGGAAGGUCGUCUCCUUGCAAAAAGACUCAGGGUAAAGUACCGAAAAGAAUUCACAAAGCCGAGCGGGAGAAACAAAAGCGUGAGCAUUUGAAUGAGCUUUUCCAAGAUUUGGCAAAUGCACUUGAACUGAAUCAGCAGAACAAUGGCAAGGCCUCAAUACUGUGUGAAGCUGCUCGCCUAUUGAAAGAAAUAUUUGGCCAGAUUGAGGAUCUUAAAAAGGAGAAUGUUGCUCUUGUGUCUGAGUCUCGCUAUGUGACUGUCGAGAAAAAUGAGCUGAAAGAGGAGAAUUCUGCAUUAGAAGCCCAAGUAGAGAAAUUGCAGAGCGAGCUGAGAGCCCGGGUAGCUGAGUCGAAGCCUGAUCUGAAUGCACCACCUCCUGAAUGUACCCAACCUGCUGGAGACGCUGCUGGGUUGGCUACCGUGGAGCAGCCAUUGCAGCAAACGCACGCAGUGUUCAUUGUCCCCCUUCAACCCGAUAUCUCGUCGUAUCCCGUGCACGCCCCACACGUGAGCAAGCCACACCCGAGAUACCCCACUUCUGCAGAUUCGUGGCCAUCACAGCUCCUCGGCGACCAAGCCCCUUGGAGGAAUGAACUCCCGCUUUGUGGCGGCGAUAACGGUCGCAGCAAUGAGGAAACCGGCCCCGACAAUGGCCUGUAAAAAACCCAGUUCUUAGAUUCUUGAGGAACCUGUACCAUCGUAUUCUUGAAUUUGCUCCUUCUGCUUUAUCCCCUCUAGCAUCUUGGACCGGCAGUCUGUACAUGGAUGAUGGAUAAAGGGCAAAUCAGUUUUCUGGGUUUGUGGGGUUCUCUGCUCUGCUUCACUUCGAAAACCUUACAAGACAGUAGUUUCAACUCAGCGCAGUUAGCAUAGGCAAGUCGAUAAUAGAAAAUGACAUAAAUAGUCCUUAGAUUGUAACUGAAUAUCCAAUUUGAUCCAAUUUGAUUCCUGAACUUUUAUAUUUUA